AUGUGGCGCCCUCAGGUGGAUUUCGCCUUCAUCGUGUGGCAGAGUUUCCCAGAGAGGAUUGUGGGAUAUCCGGCCAGGAGCCAUUACUGGGAUAGCUCCCGGUCGCGCUGGGGCUACACGUCCAAAUGGACCAACGACUAUUCAAUGGUGCUAACAGGGGCCGCCUUCUACCACAGGUUCUAUCACUACUUGUUCACUCAGUAUGUCCCGGUGAACCUGCUGCAGACCGUGGACCGCAUGGCCAACUGCGAAGACAUCCUCAUGAACUUCCUGGUGUCGGCGGUUACUAAGCAACCACCGAUUAAAGUCACUCAGAAGAAGCAGUACAAGGAGACCAUGAUGGCACAGCUCUUGGUGAUUGAUGGUCUGACCGCAGCAGCACGAUGA